AUGGACGCUCUCGCAUCUCCAGCGAGCCCACAAGCUGCCUCAUCUUGCGCAAUGAGCUACGCCGACUCGCCCGUCAGACCCUCACAGUUGACAACGCAGGCCGGCCAAGCAUCACGAAACAGUACCGCCGAUGCAUCGCAACCAAAUGACGCACAAUCACAGCAAGAUCUCUGGUCAAGCAUCUUGAACAGCGUCAAGAGCUCCAAAGCUAUUUCGACCAAGAACCUCGUUCUUCUAGGCGAACCCAAGUCUGGCAAAUCAUCGCUUCUCUCCGCCCUCGCUUCCACUUCGCCAACUGGUCUCGUCAGCGGUAGAUGCAACAGCCAUUCUGCCACCUCGGCUGCCUCUGCACUUGCUGCUCGUCCGGACGACAAGGCCGCUUCGAGGUCCAAACCCAGCUCGGCGGCUGCUGCUGCGAAUGACCUCGGUCUAGCAUACGCAUACUUUGACUUUGGAGAUGAAAAGGACAGGGACGAGAUCGUAGCUCGUGUAGGCGCCUACACCCUUCACUCUUCUCAGCCUGCCUAUACGUCACUGCUCCCGUUCGCCUUCCCUGAACCGAACUUGAGCUCGACGGAACAAGAUACAGCCGCUGCUAUGGCUGCGCUUGCUUCUACCACCGUCUCCUCCUCGAACACCACUGCUGCUGCGUCCACCUCACCAGCUGACCAAAGCAGCCUGCUUUCACUAAAGCCAUCGAUCGACUCGCUCAAGGACUCGAUCAUCGUCAUCUUGCUCGACUGGGAGCAGCCCUGGUCCUUCCUAGAGCAACUUCGGAACUGGCUCAACAUCCUACGCGAGCUCAUCGACAAUGCCGCCGACGGUGCACUCUCCUCACAACAACAUCGCGAUGCAGAAUGGAGCAGGACACGUGUCGCGCUUGACGAAAUCAAGGACAGUCUCGAAUCCUACAUCCGAGCUUAUGUCGAACCUGCUGCACAGAAGACACCUUCCACCGACACUAGCUCAACAACUGCAGCAGCAGCAGCAACAGGCCAACCCGCCAACUCUUCAGCACAACCAUCCACAAUUGACGCAGACGCCCUCCCAACACCCAUAACAACCGUCAGCAUAUCCCUCGACUCGUCCGAAGCAAACCCCUUAUCAGACGGUACACUCACCGACAACCUCGGAAUCCCCAUCGUCGUCGUCUGCACCAAAGCCGAUGCAAUCCCACGUCUCGAACGUGAUAAAGGAUUCAAAGAAGAACAAUUCGAUUACAUCCAACAAGUGCUUCGAACUAUCUGUAUGAAGUAUGGUGCAGCUCUUUUCUAUACUUCUUCGCUUCGUUCGCAGUCUAUCGACAUUUUGCGCUCUUAUUUGCUCCAUCGCUUGUUCACUCCUUCCGCUCAACAAUCCCGAUCGCAAUCUCAAUUGCAAUCUCAAUUGCAAUCGCAAUCGCAAUCGCAAUUGCAAUCCGGUGGUGGUGGGAUUUCGGCAGCAGCAGGAGGUACAACAGUAUUCAACUUCCCCUAUCGAGCCUCAACUACAGAUAGAGACACAUUGCUUGUUCCUGCAGGCUGGGAUAGUUGGGGUAAAAUCAAAGCAUUGCGGGAACCGUUUGAUGCUCAAAGCAUGGCUAAAGGGUGGGAGAAUGAUUGUCACCUUGAUCAGCAACGGCGGGUGCGCAAGUUGGCAAGGACUCAAGAGGUGGAGGAUGAAUUGGAGAAAGAGCUCAUUUCCGAGGUUGCUGAUGGGAAUGAGGUUCAAUCGGCGAUGAAGCUCUACGAAGAUAUCGUAUCCGACUGGGAAGCUACUCCCAAUGGCAAAGACACAAUUGCUAAAGUACGGAUUCCAGAUGAACAGGCAUUUUUGGGCCAACAUUAUGCAACGUUGCAAAAAGAUCCCGAUCCCAGAUGCAAAUUCAGUAAACGCGCCGUAGUCGGUCCCAUGACGGGGGGUAGUGCCGGUCUGCCAAGUGUGGAGAAAUAUAUGGCCAAGGAUGGAACUCUAGGAACACCAACAGCCGGGGAGAGGGAGAGGGAGAGAGAGAGGGAGAGGGAGAGAGAGAGAGAGAGGGAGAGAGAGAGGGAGAGGAGUGGUAGGGAGAAGAGAGAAUCUUCUGCUGCUGCUGCGGCUGUAGCAGCAAUGACGGGAGCUGCUGCGGGAGAAGGCAGAGCGACUAGUCCAGCAACAGCGUCAGGUUCAGGGGGCACGACUAGUCCAGGAGCUCCAAAACAGAGUGAAGUUUUGCAUAGUUUCUUCCAAAGUUUGUUGAAGGAUAAGGGAGGUGGAGGAGGAGCCGGUAGUCCGAAGCUUGAUAGGUUAGAUAGGACUACUUCUAGUAGUGCUGUGAGGAGGGAACCGCCGACGAGCAACAAGUAA